AUGAAUAAAAAAAUAAAAAAUACAAAUUCUAUUUUUAAAUUAAACUUUAUAAAAAAAGGUUGUCGACACUGGGACUUCCCAAGCGGUCCCCCACCUUAGUACUAACCCAGCCUUAAGGCGCUUAACUUCGGAGUUCGAAUGGGAUCCGGUGUUUUCACCUUAGUAUGGCCGACAACAAAAUUAAUAUCAAUAUUAUAUAAUCAAUCAUAUAAAAAUACAAUUUUUAAAAACUAAGCUAUAUAAUAAAAAGGUUGUCGACACUGGGACUUCCCAAGCGGUCCCCCACCUUAGUACUAACCCAGCCUUAAGGCGCUUAACUUCGGAGUUCGAAUGGGAUCCGGUGUUUUCACCUUAGUAUGGCCGACAACAAAACUAAUAUCAAUUAAUAAUUAUUUAUAUCUUAGUUGUCGACACUGGGACUUCCCAAGCGGUCCCCCACCUUAGUACUAACCCAGCCUUAAGGCGCUUAACUUCGGAGUUCGAAUGGGAUCCGGUGUUUUCACCUUAGUAUGGCCGACAACAAAAUUAAUGUAUAAAUUUUGA